UGUGUUCAUCCUUCCACGAUGCAUCUUGUGUAGCCGCAAGAGGAAGAAGGCAAGAUGACGGACGAGGACGUGGACAACAAUACUUUUGGUGGUAGUUCCAGCAGUUUCGUGAAAGCAGAAGAGACGACAGCACAGCGGUUCAGUGCGCUGCAGACUCAACUUCUUUGUGCCGCAAUUCAUUUUUUUCACCGUCACAUUCGAUCGGAUGCGGACGUCUUGCAAAGAAUGGAGGGGAACGAAAUGUUCAGGCUGUUCUUCGAGGUCCCAUACCACAACAAACCCGAGCUGAACAGAAUAUUUCCUGAAUCCGUGCAUGACUGCUCUGCCUUGCACGUCUGCUCCUUCAUUUUGAGUAUCCUUCAUCAGGGCAUUUUCAGUGUCUCUGCCUUCAUUGUGAGCGUGAUCUAUUUGAGCAGGUUCAAAGAGAGCUCUCGAAUCACCCUUCACGCCUGCACGUGGCGUCCACUGUUUCUGACGUCGCUGUUGCUGGCUGACAAGAUGUGGGAGGACAAGCCUGUUCGAAAUAGCUCCCUCGCGAAGCUCUUUCCUGUGCUUAGCAAUGUCGAGCUCAAUCGAAUGGAAAGCGAAUUUCUUGACGAAAUCAAGUUUAACGUGCUUGUGAAGCCUGACUUGUUCUGUUCAUUUUGCGAGAAACUCCUGGCAGAGCAGGUGCACCAAGAAAUCUCUCGAUGUGUGGUCCAGUCGGAGUAUGCGGUGACCCUGCAGGCCGAAUGUGUCGACUCCAUCCAUUCGGCUCCGAAGGUGACCCCCAAUGGGAAACCUCAUCAGGUCUACCCUGAGAAACUGCGCAGCAAUGGGAAGAAACCUGAGAAGCUGGC